AUGGAUUUGUUUACCACGAAAGAACGGGCUGUGAAUUUUUCUCAGGCAGAGAAAAACAGAUUUCAAAAUCUACUUCAAAAGUAUAAAGAUGUUUUGUUCUGUAAAAAAACUGAUCACGCCAGUAACACAUUGAAAAGCCGGACUUGGAAUGCUAUUUAUGAAGAAUUUAAUGCAGGAGUAGAGCAAACUAGAACUCUAAGGCAACUCAAAGCCAAAUUUGACAAUAUGAAAAGACGGAAAGAUACCAAUCAGAACAGACAGUCACAUUUAAAAUUAGGGAGAAGUCCACCAUCUCCAUCUCGAGAGGAUAAAGAAUGGAUCUGUCAAGGAAUGCCAAUGUCAAAAGAAGAUUUACCAAAUGUAGUUGAUGAUGACUACAUAGAACAGCCAGUAGAUGUAAUUAUUAACAUAAGAGAUGGCGACGUGUUUGACAACCAAUCACCGGCAUCAUUGCCGAGAAGCUCAAAGUCAAAGGCAUUGCGUGUACGUAAGCAUUCAAUCGGCCGAUAUCGGAUGUCAGAAAUGAAAAUUGCUUUUUUAAAGAAGCAAAGAGAACAGGAAGAACACAUGUUUAAUUUAAAUAUAAAACACAUGGUAGCAAAACGUAGAGAAGAAAAUGAACUGCACGAGUUAAAGAGAAAAAAAAUACUUUUGGAAAUCAGUUUAUUAGAGAAACAGAUAGACACUAACAUAUAA